GGUAGGUAAGGGGUCAGGAGGCUUGAAAGAUAAGAGGGUGCAAGAUUAUGUUGGGCUUUGAGUGAUGUAUUUGAUGUGAGAGUCAAAAGGAAAGGGUAGAAUCAAUUGUGACACUAAGGUUUUUGACUUCGUAGAGGUGGUGAAGUAGCCAGUGAUGGAUAACCGGAUGUCACCCACCCAAACCUCUUUUCAGUCGACUCCCAUCUGGCAGGCGAUACAGGUGCCUGCGCUCCCGCACCAGCAGGCUCGGGUACAGCUUCUUUCCAGAGGCUGUAGCACUGCUGAACAAAACUUCACCUCCUGUCUAGCAUUUGCACUUUAGCUGUUACUAGUUUACCUGUUUACUUUUUACUACUGCACUGUUUACCUGUUUACAUUGACUGUAUUGCACUGCUUACCCGUUUACAUUACUCCUACUGUACACUGUUUCACCUAUGACUUUGCACUGCUAACACCCCAUACUAUACUGUAUGUAAUAUACUGUACAUAUACAGUAUAUUACAUGUAUAUAUAGAAUGUCUAUUUAUACUCAACUUAUAUACUCUAUUUAUCUCUGUAGACAUGUCAUUUGGAAACCUAUAUUUAUCCAACUAUACACUGUACAUUAUUAAUCUCUAUGGUCUACACAGCCAUACUCUACCUGCACUUGGUACUUAAUGUUUCUUUUGCACUUCUGGUUGGAUAUCAACUGCAUUUCAUUGGCUCUGUACCUGUACUCUGCUAAAUGACAAGAAAGUUGAAUCUAAUCUAAUCAAAUCUAAUAACUGAUAUUGUUUGAGCUUUUCCAGUCCAGAUGGCCUGAGUUCUCUUAACGCUACUUACCAAGUCCCUUUUACCUCCUUCCUCUGGGCCCAGAGCUGCAAACACACAGACAGCUCACAGAAGGAGAUCAAAUACAGUUCUGAUGGGGAACAGUGCUACCUCAUGCAGCAACCAGGUCACAAUGCCAGGAUGUAGUUGCUGUUGCCUUUGUCCCUGCAGGGAUACCACAGAUCAGGACGAACAAAUAGAGAUACACAAACAGAUCGAUGUACCAGAUCCAGGGACACCAGAUAACCAGAAGAAAAACCAGCAAAAGAAACCAACCAAGAAGCAGGAAAACAAAGGAGUGAAGCAGAAUCUCAAGAGUAAAGGUGAAGGUGUGCAGAAUCUCAAGAGUAAAGGUGUGCAGAAUCUCAAGAGUAAAGGUGAAGGUGUGCAGAAUCUCAAGAGUAAAGGUGAAGGUGUGCAGAAUCUCAAGAGUAAAGGUAAAGGUGUGCAGAAUCUCAAGAGUAAAGGUGUGUGCAGAAUCUCAAGAGUAAAGGUAAAGGUGUGCAGAAUCUCAAGAGUAAAAGGUAAAGGUGUGCAGAAUCCCAAGAGUAAAGGUCCUCUCCCUGCAGAAUCUCAAGAGUAA